AAAUAGCCCACAGUUUUGAUUUUUUUUUUAGUUUCCCAAAUUUUCAACCUCCCUUCCAAUCCCACUCAUCAAAAGAUUUCAAUUUGAUUCCCUAUAAUGUCCACACCGUGUAAGCCACACGACACCACAAGCUCGUAUAUAAAUAAACCACUUUCUCUGUGUUAUGCGUUCCAAGUCAAUCUCCGUAAGUCUCCGCAGUGAAACAGAGAGAGAGAGAGUGAAGAAAAUGCAGUCUCUGCAAGCCAAGGCAUCGGAGUGGAGCGGAGUGAAGCAAGACGAUGCGUUUGCUAUUGAUGACACCAAUCUGUUCCAAAAACUAGGACUCCAAACCUUCAUUAACCUCUCCACCAAUUUCUACACCAGGGUAUAUGAUGAUGAGGAAGAAUGGUUCCGGUCAAUCUUUGCGAAUUCAAAGAAAGAGGAUGCGAUUCAAAAUCAGUAUGAGUUUUUUGCGCAGAGAAUGGGAGGGCCUCCUCUCUACUCUCAGAGAAGAGGUCAUCCGGCUCUGAUUGCACGCCACCGACCAUUCCCUGUCACACAUCGAGCUGCAGAGAGGUGGUUACAUCACAUGCAACAAGCAUUGGAUGGCACCACGGAUAUUGAUGCUGACUCAAAAAUCAGAAUGAUGAACUUUUUCAGGCACACAGCAUUCUUUCUUGUUGCUGGAGAUGAGUUGAAGAGUCAAAACCAACAACCUCAAUGUAAGCAUGGGACCAGCAACCAGACUCCCGUGUAAAAAAUUUUAACAUAUAUUUCCUUAUUCAGUUGUGAGAAGCAACAAAGUUACUAUUAUUCAUCAAACCUCUUUAAUGUAAAAGGAAUACUUCCUUACACCCUUUUUCUCAAUAAGUCUUUUAAUGUCUACAUUUGCUCAA